UUCACAAGCCGGGACCGGAUCGAUCAUGGGGCGCUCUUCUUCUUCCUUGGCACUGGUGGCUCUCCUCAUAUGCUGUUCCCUCGCAUGCUCGGCGGCGGCGCAAGGUGCUUCUCGUGGAAUCCGUGUGCCGGCUGCUCCUCCGUCCCCUAAGCCCCGUCAGCCGAAUCGGCCGGGCGAGAAACCGAUCCACCCACCGCCGCCGCCGCCGGCGGAGACGUCAGCGGCGAUCGCGCCGCACCGGAGGACCCUGCAAGCUGCUGCAAGCCUUUGUUGUUAAGUAUUAUGUACAUGAAGAGCUGGCAGCUCGAUCUUAAUUGAAUGUGGGAUCGACUUGUUUAGUUUGUCUCAUCAGUCUACCCCUAAUAAUAAUAAACCAAGUAUUGCUUUGG